AUGGCUUCAGCAGAAACAGAGAAAUCCAGCAUGCCGCUGAUUAUGGGGGAAAGCAACGGAUCUGUGUGCUCGCGAUUAUCGUGGGUGAGUGCUAGUUACCCCGAUUCUGCUGUUUUUGGCGUCGAUUCGGAGAGGCUGAGCAUGCUGCGAGAGGUUACCGAGGACGACCCCAGUGGCAGAUUUGCGGAUUUGAUGGAUUCUGUUGACGUUAGGUCAGAAACAGGCAAUGUGGAUCUAGAUGACAAUAGGGCUUUGAGGAUGGAGAAUAGAUAUACGGCUCUUGAUGACAAAGUUGGAUGGGUUACAAGGAACAGGAAGGUGGCAAUGCCAGACGAGAGAGCAACAAGUGCUGAAAGGGUGACAGCCCUGGAAACAACACUCACAGGAUUUGCCGAAAGAAAAACAGACACGAUGGUGACACCAUCGGUUGGGCUGACUUUUGACUCUAUAAUCGAGGCCUGCGAUUUUUACAAUCUUUAUUCCUGGGAGACAGGGUUCGGCAUCAGAUAUGCAAAGAGCAGAACCAAUGUCAAAGGAACGAGAUGCAUGCAGGAGUUUGUGUGCUGCUGCUCGGGCAAGCCAAAAGAGGCGAACUCAACAUCAUCACGGUGUCAAUGCCAAGCCAUGAUAAGACUCUUGCGUAUAGAUGACGAUGGCUGGUACAUCAACGAAUUCAGGUCCAGCCACAAUCACUCGAUGUUGAACACAUGUGCUGAGAAACUCCACUUCCCUUCACAUAGGCAUAUUGACAAAUAUACGAGAGCUAGUAUCUCAGCUUAG